AUGAGUAGAAUCAAUGGGUACAAUAUGAUGGGUGUCGUGCUGGCGGUGGUUGUGGGGGUGUACUCGGGGACUAGGUUCUUUGAACCGCUAGUGGUGGACCAGUUGAAGAGAGACGGUAAUUUGCGAAGUGACAUUGCAAUCCCAGAAUACGACAGUGAGGGAAACCCAGUAGAGCCGAAAUCUAUUCGUGAUUUGAGGAAGCACAUUGAGGAGGCUAGUGCCGAUGGCAAGAAGAUGUCCGACAUCCUUCAGGACCUGGAUUCCAGCAAGAACGACUAG